AUGGAUUUAUCGCCAGGACGCGGCGCUUUGAGCCCGGCGAUGUCUGCCAAAUAUGAUAAGUGUUUUACAAAUAUCAAUAUAACAGAGUUUCCGCCGCUUGAUCAGCUUGAAAAAUAUGAAUCUAUAUCAUUUGAUGGCUGUCAAAUACAUUCAUUUUCUACUAUGCCGAAACUACCACUUCUGCGAAGGCUUUGCUUAGAUAAUACUCGUAUCUCGUCGUUCCAAAAAUGUCAAUCACAAUCUAAAUUGUCGUCAAUAUCAGUGAUAAACACACCACUCGAGAAGUAUACGCAUCUAAACAUCAUGUGUGUUAUAGCACUCGGUGAUAGAAUUCGCAGAGUUAACGGAAAAUCACUUACUUCGGAAGAAAUUCAUUUUGGGAAUGUAUAUAGAAGCAAACUACAACCAUAUUUACAAAAUGGAUACAUGUUGUUAGAUAUAGAUCCUAUUAAACUCUUCAACAAACAAACACAAGAUACAAAAUAUAUAACUGUUAAUCAGAGAGCAAAAUCGCCUUAUAACUAUCACUCUCCGAAAGAAAACGUUGUGAAGCACAGAUCUAUCAAAAAAAGAGCUAUGUCUCCCAUUGAAAAUCGAAAAGAUGAAAUUAUUAUUAUACAACACGAUAACAAUGAAAGCUCGCCACGUGUAAAAAACGAUAAUAUUACUCCUACCAAACCUCACAGAUCGAAAAGUAGCCCAAAAGGCAAUACUUCCAAACAUAACGGACAUAGGUUCCCUCCUCCUGCAAUUAACGAGCCAUUAACACCAUUAUCACCUAGAUCACCUAUAUCUCCGAACAAAAACGAUAAACAGAGGUCGAAAACCCCUGUUUUCAGUACAAAAAAUUAUAAUGCGAAUCCUUUUAAACAGAUCUCGAAAACUCCUGAGCGAAACAGUCCAUCUAAGAUAUCUGAUGAUGAUACUACUACUAUAGAUAUGGCAAAAGAAGUUCUUUCUGUAUUCAAAGCGCAAACAAAUGAAAAAAGAAGAAAAAAGAAGUCAAAAGAAACCUCGAAAAUCCCUGGUCUUCUUGAUUUCGGAACUGUUCAUAUUACUCAGUGUAAUGACUCCAGUGAUGCUGAUGAGAGAUUCCAGAAGACGUUCGAUCAAAAGAAAUCUGUCAAGAAAAAAGACUUCAUUGAAAAAUUGAAAGAAGAAGAAAAAAUUCAAAAAGUGUCGGAUUUACAAAAAUACCAAAAAGUGAUAGAUUUACAAAAAAAUCAAAAAGUGACAGAUUUUGAAAAAUCACCAAAAGAGGUACAAAAAGUGCAUAAUGGCGAAUCGAGUGAGAUCCAUCUUGUAGAGGAUAGCUCAAGCGAGCUUAGUGGUAUUGUUAAAGCUCGUGAUUUGCCUUCUUUGCAGUUAGAUAUCCGUGAUGCAAACGAAUUACAAACACUCGAUAUAGCUGAUGAGAUAAUAAUACCUCAGAAAGCUCCAAAACGCAUAGAAAAGAAGAAAGAAUCUGAAUCUGAGUCAAUUUCAUUGACUUUUACCAUGAAUCAAUUAGAUACUACGACAACUAUAGUAAAUACAGCCUCUCGCAGUAGAAUACGAAGGAGUAGGAGAAGAAGACAUGCCAAAGCUCCGAAAUUGGCAUACGAUCCCCCUCCAAUUACCAAUGAUUCAGAAACACCAGAUUUUAUUACAGGAAAAGUCACCAGAGACAUGGCUUAUCAAGCAUUUUAUGCAACGCAUAAGAAUGAAAUAAGUACACCUGAAGAGGUUGAACAGUUUAUAUGUGAUUAUAUAAGAAAAUACAAUCGGAAAUAA